AUGAAGAAAUGUGGCGUAUGUCAGAAACCUUCUACCAGCCAAUGUGCAAAAUGCCAUCAGAUAUACUAUUGUUCUAAAAAAUGCCAAAAAGAAGAUUGGAAAAAGCAUAAAAUUUCGUGUGGUAAAUUAUCGGUUGUCAAAGCUAACGAAAUCAUCGAUAGAACAGAAGUUGCCAUGAAUAUGCCAACAAGUUCAUUCCCUAACGAUAAAUCUGAAAUGCUCAAACACUUUACUGACAUGAUGUUCGGUAUAGAUAAGGACAACGUUGCGAAUGAUUGGUAUGUGCCUGAUUUUGAACAAGAAUAUGCCAAGAUAUAUCCACAAGAAAAGGACCAAAUUCGAAUUCUUGGAUCUAGUAAAUCAUCAUUAAAAAAUCUUCAUUUCGCUGAAAGUUUCAUAAACGUUGACUUUGAAGAUUUCACGCAUUUAAUGAAAAGAUGGAGUGAAUGUUCAAAAGAACUCGAAAAUUUUCUCACAUCUCCAAGGAAAAUUGGUGACAUUUUUACUGGGAAAACAAAAAAUCCAUAUGUUGGAGACAGUGGUAUGGGUGCUCUAAGCUUUAGUAACAUGCCAAAACAAAGCCUAAUACUUGACAAAGGAAAAGUUCAUGUUGCUGUUGGCUUUGUUGACUUGGAUUUCCUUCUUCGAGCUGAAAUUAUGACAAGAGAGAAUUCCUUAAAUCAACCAAACAAAUUCAUUGGUUACGAAGGUUCUGUUUACGCUGUUGCGAAAACCAAUGUGAUUAAAGAAAUGAUGUUGGUAAAAGCUCCAAUUCGAUCGAUAAUAGAAGUUUGGUUUUCUACCACGUGGACAAUGAUGACUUUAAAUUACUUUAAGAAUGCCGUCAAAAAUGUCUUGAAAUAUGGAAACGCGCCAAAUAAUGGUCCUCCUAACCCUACAAAAAACGAACUUCAUCCAAAAGUUAGAUCUCUAAUUUCUCAUUGGAAUGAUUCUGUCAAAUCACCAAAAUCUCGGAAAAAAGCUCACAAACUCUGGUCGAAAACCUUUAAUUUUGAGAAUGCUGUGUUUUACGUUGUCGCCGAUCUUGUUGAACCAAGAGAUCGGGUGCAAACCGCGCGUCAUAUCCUUACUGGAGAGUUUCCGCUCAUGGACGAUCAACAACCGAAUAAUUUAAUUGCAAGCAUUACAAUGUUCAAUUGCAAUAAUGGAAUUUCACCACAUUCAACAAGCGAAUUUAUGCACCAAAUGAUACCAAUGGAUGCCAUUCUAACGAGGUUCCAACGUAAAAAAACCACCUUCUUGAAUGCAAUGUACGAAUUCCUUGAACAAUCCAUCACGAAAAUUUGUGAUUGGUUAUCACCACCUGAAGGAAAAAGUGAAAAGAUAGAUAUUUAUCUACAUUUUCAAUCCGUCACCAAUGAUUAUCCUGAGUUACUAACCUCAAUUCGCCAAUUAGAUCCAUGGACAAUGUCAUGGAGCAAUAUUUGCGAUUACUUUUACGCACAAGAAUUUCACAAAAUGCUUCAAGCAUGUUCGGGAGAAGAUACGGUUCACGUGAUGACUUCUAUGAAUUGGAUCACAGAAGUUUAUGGCGCACAUAUUAACGAAUAUGAUAAGAGUUGUCGUCGCGAUAUGUUGAUUAAUGCACAGAAAAUAGUAACGAUGACUCUAGAGUUUAUGGAUCCGUCUGAGUAUUUCCGACAUACCAAGAUUAUCACUCAUCCGUAUAAUCUCGGAGAUAUGAUUGCGACGAGAAAAGUGGUGGAUAAUUGGAAAGAUUAUUUUUUCAAAGGGCAGAAUUUGAAUAUUGGUGAAGUUUCAUUCUUGCCAUAUGCACAGACACAUAUGACACACACCCUCUUGAAUAUCACUUUAACGUAUAAUAAGGAGAUUACGAUAAAGACUGCAUUAACGAACACAGGUCAAGAUGAUGUCUUUAAGCUUUUUUCUAAAUUUGCAAAGUUAGGGAUAAAUUUAGAAUAA